GACAUCAUUAGCUCAUCAUGAAUUUAUAUAAUUCACGAAUACUUACCGGGCCACCCACCGGUAUUACGCAGCCCACAGAUUCGAGUUCCCUGUCCAAUGGCGUAGCUCCAUCCGCCCAUCCAAUCGCUCGAACGGAGAAUCUCACUCCUCAGCUUCAUCUUCCCUAUAAAUUCCAUUCGUACUUCGCCAUUGAAGCCGUCUAAUCUAGCUUAACCAUCAAGUCACCGACCUUAGAAGCCGUUCCACUUCAAGGGAGAGAAGAUGCAGAGUUUGCAAGAUAAGGCUUCCGAGUGGAGCGGAGUGAAGCGCGAAGAUGCAUUCGCCAUCGACGAAGUCAAUUUGUUUCAGAAGUUAGGUCUCCAGACGUUCGUCACUCUAUCGACCAAAUUCUAUAACAGGGUGUAUGACGAGGAGGAGGAGUGGUUCCGAUCAAUUUUUGGGAAUUCGAAGAAAGAGGAUGCAAUUCAAAAUCAGUACGAGUUCUUCGUGCAGAGAAUGGGAGGUCCGCCUCUAUAUUCUCAAAGAAAAGGUCAUCCAGCUCUUAUAGGUCGACAUCGACCAUUCCCAGUAACGCAUAGAGCAGCAGAGAGAUGGUUACAUCACAUGCAACUAGCAUUAGACGAAACCCCAGAUAUAGAUGCAGAUUCAAAAGUCAGAAUGAUAAAUUUUUUCAGGCAUGUAUUCUUCUCUUGUUUUGUUCCUUCUACCCUCAUUCAUAGACGUCUACGGCUUUUUGUUUAUGCAUACGUAUAUACUAUAAGCAACCACAGAUCCAUUGAAAACAAAACAGAAAGAACACAAGGAUGUACAAGUAAGCAAACUCGUAAAAAGAUCCAAACUAAAACACAAAAAAUCUUGUACACCAAAAAAUGAUAAAUGAAAUUUAACUAGGGGUCAUACCUCUUUGAGGACCUCUCAGUCUAUCUAAAAAUUAUAUGGUUUCUCUCAAGUCAAGUCCCCUAUGAAACGACACAGAAUCUCGUAUACGUUUAUCUCGAAAAAGGCAAAUGGGGAAGAAACUCUUCUGCCAUUAAGCUACCAAUGAACUACACUCUUUCUUUCUCGUGUCUUGAGUUUCCAUUAUUAGGUAUGCUUGUUUUCUGGUUGUAUGCAGACACACAGCUUUCUUUCUAGUGGCUGGAGAUGAGAUGAAGAAUCAAAACCUACAAACUCAAUGCAAGCAUGGUAUCCAGCAAUCUGCUGCGCCGUAGACAUUCUAGAACAGAAACAUAGCUUACACACAAACAAAUAAUUAUGAAGCAGAAGAUUGUUGGAUCUAGGUGAUUCUUCGUGUAUUUCCAUGUCCAACUGACCUUUAAUCUUUAUAACGAAGGGAGGUAUCUCCUCAAUUUGACUUGAAAUGAAGGCAGCUUAUUUUCAAAUGGUUAGUUCAAACCAUUUUGUAAUAUGAUGCAAUUAUAUAUUUCAUUUAGGUGCCUUUGGUUGAAA